ACGCACUUCAGAAUUCGUGCUGGUCGCUGUUGGAGGUGGUAAGAUGGCGGCCGCCGCCAAACGCAAACCUGGGGGUAACGAUGCGGGAGAACGCGGUGGCAACAAACGUAGUAAUAAGCGAAGCGCAGGGGCAGCCAUGCCGGAAGCGGCCAGUCGGCCGCACGGAGAGACGCCCUUCGUGGAGGGUGCCAUCGUGAAGAUUUCCAUGGUGAACUUCCUAACUUAUGAUAACUGUGAGAUAUAUCCAGGACCUAAUUUAAAUAUGAUAUUGGGAGCUAAUGGAACAGGUAAAUCAAGCAUUGUUUGUGCCAUAUGCCUGGGACUGGCAGGAAAACCUUCUUUCAUAGGUCGAGCAGACAAGGUUGGUCACUAUGUGAAGCGCGGCUGUAAUAAAGGAGUAAUUGAAAUUGAGGUGUUUAAGAAUCCAACCAAUCUUGUUAUCACACGAGAAAUGUCUGUUACAAACAACCAAUCAACAUGGUUUCUUAAUAAUAAGCCUUCCACUCUCAAAAUGGUAGAGGACCAAGUUUCAGCCUUAAAUAUUCAAGUGAGCAAUCUUUGCCAGUUUCUUCCACAGGACAAAGUUGGGGAAUUUGCAAAAUUAUCCAAGAUUGAGCUCCUUGAAGCCACAGAGAAAUCAGUUGGUCCUCCAGAAAUGUAUGGAUAUCACUGUGACCUAAAAAACUGUAGGCAAAAAGAACGAGAACUUGAGAAUUCAUGCACAGAGAAAAAUAACAACUUAGAAAAAAUGAAGCAAAAGAAUGAAAGAUAUAAGCAAGACGUGGAGCGAUAUCAUGAACAUAAGCGCCAUCUAGAUUUAAUUGCAAUGCUUGAGAAAAAAAGGCCCUGGGUGUUAUAUGAAGAUGUCCGUAAGCAGUAUGAAACGGUGAAGCAAAGUCGAGAUCGUCAGAAGGACGAAUUAAGAGCAUUAAAAGAAACACAGUCUCCCAUGACACAUCAGAUCCAAGAGGUUGAGAAGCAGUGUGCGAGUUUGGAUACCAAGAUCAAAGAGAAGAUUGCAGCUAUCAAAGAAACUUCUCAGAAAUGUAAACAGCAACAGGAUGCUUUGGAGAGAAAAGACAAAGAAAUUGAAGACAUUAAAUUAGCUUUGAGAAUGAAGAGAGAGACAGAAAUGGAUCGGCAGAAGAGAAUAGAGAACACUUGUAAAAUGAUUGAAGAUUUGACUGAUGAGCUAAGAAAUACAGACAAUUGUGUAAAUGUUCAGCCUCAAGUGGAUUCUAUUAAUGCUGACCUUAGACAGUUGGUGGAAGAGAAAGCAAAUAUAGAUGGUGAAUUAAAGGAGCUGCACAGAAAAAAUGAGAAGUUGCUGAAUGACAAAAGAGGGGUAACUGAUCGCAUUGUGCAAUUUGAAAAUAUGAUGAAUAUGAAGGAAGAGAAGCUCAAAGGAAGAUACCGAGACACACACACUGCUCUUUUGUGGCUAAGACAGAACAGAGACCGGUUUAAAGGACGUGUCUGUGACCCGAUGAUGCUUGCAAUCAAUAUGAAAGAUCAUAAGCAUGCCAAAUACGUGGAAAAUCACAUUUCAUCCAAUGACAUGAGGUCCUUUGUCUUUGAAAACAGAGAAGAUAUGGAAAUCUUUCUAAGAGAGAUACGCGAUAAACAGAAACUAAGAGUGAAUGCUGUGUGUGCACCUCCUGAAUCGUGUGCUGAAAACCUACCUUCAAAACCAAUUGAAGAACUACUCCGAUAUGGAUUUUUGUCGUAUUUGCGAGAGUUAUUUGAUGCUCCCCAACCUGUGAUGAGUUACCUGUGCUUUCAGUAUCGCAUUCAUGAGGUUCCUGUGGGAACAGAAAAGACCAGAAAUAUGAUUGAAAGGGUCAUAAAGGAAACCAAACUUAGACAAAUCUACACAGCAGAAGAAAGAUAUGCGAUAAAAAUAUCCUCGUACACAAAUCAAACUGUUUCUAGUAACUCAGCAUUGAGGCCAGCACAGUUCCUUACUGUCACGGUGGAUGCAGAAAGAAAAAGUGAAUUGGAAAAUCGAAAGAACGAAAUUAACAGGCAGUUGCAGUCAUUGGAUUCUCAUAGGGCUGCAUUAUUUGAGAAACAGAAAUGUCUGGAACACAGAGACAAUGAAUUAAGAAAACAGAAAAAAGAGCUUUUGGACCAGAAAAACAAAAGGAAGCAGCUUGAAUCAAAAAUCAGCAUGAAACAUGACAGUUUAAGACAGAUGGAGCAAGAUGCCAUCAACCUGGAAGAGGAGUCUGAGCGAGUAAAUGCUAGUAUAAAAAAAAUCAACAUCCAGAAAGUAAAACAUGUAACAGAAUUUAUGCAACUAAUAAAGAAUUGUAUGACCCUGAAUGAACACAAAACAAAAUUGGUUCUACGGAAUACUACAGCAACAUUCCACAAGAACAGACUUGAGGCUGAAUAUAAAGCUGCAACUGUACAACUUCGAGCUGUAGAGCAACAGUUUUUUGAGCUGGAAGAAAGGAAACGCAGCCUUAUGGAGAAAUGUAAGGAUUUAAUGAGGAAAGCUAAGCAAGCUUGUAACCUUGGUCAAAACCAAAACCUUCCAGAAGACUGCUGCCAAGCAUUCCGAGCUCUUCCAAAUACGUUGGAUGAAAUUGACGCUUUACUGAAUGAGGAGAAAUCGAGAGCUUCCUGCUUCACGGGUCUCAGCGCUUCAGUUGUUGAAGAAUGUAAUAAAAGGACAGAAGAAAUAGCGCAGAUGACACUGGAACUGGAGGAAAAGAAAAAAGAGUUGGACAAUUAUAGGAAAAAUAUUUCACAGGUUAAGGAAAAGUGGCUAAACCCUUUGAAACAGCUGGUUGAACAAAUUAAUGAGAAGUUCAGUAGCUUUUUUAGCUCCAUGCAGUGUGCAGGGGAAGUGGACCUUCAUACAGAAAGUGAGGAAGAAUAUGACAAGUAUGGGAUUCGGAUUAGAGUCAAAUUCCGCAGCAGCACCCAACUUCAUGAGCUGACUCCACACCAUCAGAGCGGAGGGGAGAGAAGUGUCUCAACUAUGUUGUACCUAAUGGCUUUGCAGGAACUCAACAGAUGUCCCUUCAGAGUAGUGGAUGAAAUAAAUCAGGGGAUGGACCCAGUUAAUGAAAGGAGAGUCUUUGAUGUAGUGGUAAAAACUGCCUGCAAAGAGAGCACUUCUCAGUAUUUCUUUAUUACACCAAAGCUCUUGCAGAACCUAAGUUAUGCAGAAAAAAUGACUGUAUUGUUGGUCUACAAUGGAUCCUCUAUGCUAGAAUCGAGCAAGUGGGACUUAAAGGCUUUCCUUAGGAGACGGCGGCGAUUUCAGCCUUGACUAAUCAGUAGAUAACUUCCUGAUGCUUUUUGUAAUCUAGAAGAAAAUUAUUUGGGAACGACUGAAAAACUAAAUUUCUUUGUUUAUUUAAAAGCACAGCUCUUGAAGUGGCCAUUGAUGGCCUAUGUUUUAUGUGACUACAGUCAGUACUUCACUUUUUAAUGGCCUUCUCGUUUUGGAGGACUGCAAGCAACAAUCUUUUGGGAAGUGAUUGAAAGAAUUUUUUCAUAACUGUGAUCAAUUGCCUUUGGUGAUGGAUUGAGAAAAGAAGCAUGCUUGUAAUCUUUCACAGCUUUGGAGCUUUGAUGUCUUUAAAUGCUUUUUAUAUAUCUUGUAAAUGUUCUGAUACAGCUUUUGGUUUUAUUGGUGAACUGGUAAAGAUUUCACCAAAUCUGUUUAACAAGUAAGUUUAACAGUUGUCACUGUCCAUGGUUGUGAACUCAAAAGAGAUUAUACAUGCUGUUGAAAGUUCUUAUUAUGUAAUUCAUAUGGUAUGGUGUAUAAAAAAGUACCUUCCCCAAUUGAUGCUAUAGUACCUUCUUAAUUCAAUUGUGAUCUAGAAGAGGAUAUUUUCAAACACUUGCCAAAGACAUAAAAUAUGCUAUAUCUUUUUAUGUUACCCUCAGAAAGAACUAUUUUCUCGACUGGUAUUUGUUCAUUUUAUACAAUGUACCAUCUUUGUAAGUUGGGACAUGUUUAAAUUUUAUCCCAUGUACUUUUUUUAUUUAUUUAGAAAAAAAGAUUAAUCUUCUGCAUACAAAAAUCCUACAAACUUUUUUGUAUAAUAAAUUUAUAUUGGAAAUUUAA